AUGGUGGAUAUUAUUUUUCACUAUCCUUUUUUGGGUGCUAUGGGGGAUCACUCCAAGAAGAAGCCCGGGACGGCCAUGUGCGUGGGCUGCGGGAGUCAGAUCCACGACCAGUUCAUCCUGCGGGUGUCGCCUGACCUUGAGUGGCACGCCGCCUGCCUCAAGUGCGCCGAGUGCAGCCAGUACCUGGACGAGACGUGCACGUGCUUUGUGAGAGACGGGAAGACCUACUGCAAGCGGGACUACGUCAGGCUGUUUGGCAUCAAGUGCGCCAAGUGCCAGGUGGGCUUCAGCAGCAGCGACCUGGUGAUGCGGGCGCGGGACAGCGUGUACCACAUCGAGUGCUUCCGCUGCUCCGUGUGCAGCCGCCAGCUGCUGCCUGGAGACGAGUUCUCGCUGCGGGAGCACGAGCUGCUCUGCCGCGCAGACCACGGCCUCCUGCUCGAGCGCGCCGCGGCCGGCAGCCCGCGCAGCCCCGGCCCGCUCCCCGGCGCCCGCGGCCUGCAUCUGCCAGACCCGGGGUCGGGCCGGCAGCCCUCGCUGCGCCCGCACGUGCACAAGCAGACGGAGAAGACGACCCGCGUGCGGACUGUGCUGAACGAGAAGCAGCUGCACACGCUGCGGACGUGCUACGCCGCCAACCCGCGGCCCGAUGCGCUCAUGAAGGAGCAGCUCGUCGAGAUGACCGGCCUGAGCCCGCGGGUCAUCCGCGUCUGGUUCCAGAACAAGCGCUGCAAGGACAAGAAAAAAUCCAUUCUUAUGAAGCAGCUGCAGCAGCAGCAGCACAACGACAAGACGAGUCUCCAGGGACUGACCGGGACGCCCCUGGUGGCUGGCAGCCCCAUCCGCCACGAGAGCGCCGUGCAGGGCAGCGCAGUCGAAGUACAAACGUACCAGCCGCCGUGGAAAGCGCUUAGCGAGUUCGCCCUCCAGAGUGACCUGGACCAACCCGCCUUCCAACAGCUGGUCUCCUUCUCUGAGUCCGGCUCCCUAGGCAACUCUUCCGGCAGCGAUGUGACCUCCCUGUCCUCGCAGCUCCCGGACACUCCCAACAGUAUGGUGCCGAGUCCCGUGGAGACGUGA